CCCUUUUUCUUAAUAAACACUAUGGGUUUCGGCAAGAAGAGACGUGGUAAUAAGGGCCAAAAAAAGACAGAAGAAACAGGAUCCAAACAAAAGUUUUUCGAUGAGCGUAAUCCUUUUGCAGAGAUCCAAAGAGACAAUGCUGCUUUCAAAGAGUACUACCAGCAACAAAACAUUUUGCCUGCUGAAGAAUUCGAUGUGUUUUAUGAAUUCAUUAAGACGAUCUUACCUAGUACUUUCCGUAUUACUGGCAGUCGAGCUGCUGCUAUGGAGAUCUUGAAUGUAGUUCAAAAGACGUAUGUGCCCAACAUGCAAAAUGUGGUGAUUGACGGUGUCAAGAUUGAACCGCCCAAGCCAUUGCCUUGGUAUCCUGAUCAUUUGGGCUGGCAAGUAAACGCUCCUCGUCUUGUCAUUAAGAAAUCACCCGAAUUCCAAAAGUUUCACAAGUUUAUGGUGACAGAAACUGAGGCUGGUAAUAUCAGUAGACAAGAAGCAGUCAGUAUGGUGCCACCUCUCUUGAUGGAUAUCCAACCUCAUCAGUGGGUACUUGACAUGUGUGCUGCUCCUGGAUCCAAGACAGCUCAAAUUAUUGAAGCUGUUCACUCAAAUGACAAAUUGAACGAAAUGCCUUCAGGUCUUGUUGUAGCUAAUGAUGCGGAUUAUAAGCGUAGCCAUAUGCUGGUGCAUCAAUCCAAGCGUUUACAAUCACCUUGCUUUAUGGCCACUAACCAUGACGGUGCUCAUUUUCCUAACAUCCAUGUCCCCCGCGAAGGAGGUAAGCCAGAAGCAUGGCAAUUUGACCGUGUGCUUUGUGAUGUGCCUUGUAGUGGUGAUGGUACCAUUCGUAAAAACGAAAAGAUUUGGUCUAAUUGGAAGGCAGCGGAUGGUCUUCAGUUGCAUUCCACCCAAGUUCAAAUCUUUGCCCGUGGCUGUCAACUUGUCAAAGUAGGAGGUCGUAUUGUCUAUUCUACCUGUUCAUUUAAUCCUAUUGAGAAUGAAGCUGUUGUUGCUGAAGUCCUUCGUCAAACCAAGGGUGCUAUUCGUCUGUUGGAUGUCUCACAUGAAUUACCUGAAUUGAAGCGUCGUCCUGGUCUUAGUACUUGGAAGGUAGCAAACAAGGAAGGUGUGUUUAUUAACUCUGUGGAUGAGAUCACAGAUGAAAGAUUGCGCAAGAAGCAUCCUCUCAGUACUUUCCCUCCUACAGAAGAAGAAGCCAAAGAAAUGCAUUUGGAAAGAUGUCUUCGUAUCUACCCUCAUCAACAAGACACCGGUGGUUUCUUUGUCGCCGUGUUUGAGAAAGUAAAGCCUUUGACUACGGCUGAUCGUCUUGCUCUUGCUCGUUUAGAAGGCAAGGAAACAACACCAGUCGCUGAAAUGGAUACUGAAGUACAAGAAGUGGUGCCUACCAAACGUGCUAGUGUAGGUGAAGAAGAAUCAAGCUCUAAAAAGGUCAAGACAGAUGAAGAAGAAGCAGCAGUGAAGCCUUAUGAAGGCAAGCCUAAACGUGAUGUACCUGGUAUCAAAGAAGCACCUUUUGAAAUGAUGCCUGCCGAUAGUCCUGAUCUUGAUGAAAUCACUUCCUUUUACGGUCUUGAUGCCAGUUUCCCUCGCAACCAGUUCUUGUUGCGUUCUGAUGGUAAUGCCAAGGGUCGCAGUCUCUACUUUGUCUCAAGUUCUAUCAAGAAAGUAUUAGAAUCGACUGAAUUUCACCGUCUUCAGACUGUCAAUACAGGUGUCCGUUUGUUUGUACGUCAGUCUUCUCCUGUCGAUGCUUGUCCUUUCCGUUUAACUUCUGAAGGCUUGCCUAUCUUGAACAAUGUGGUCAGCAAUAAACGUCGUGUCAUGAUUGAUAUGAAGGCACUCAAGGUAUUGCUUGUGGAAGCAUUCCCUAUUUUGGAUGAAUUCCCAGAAGAUGCCAGAGAAAAGUUUGCCAAGAUCGAAAGUGGCUGUUGUAUUGUUCAAAUUCAUGAUGAACAAGCAGAAGUCAAGGAAGAAGACAAAGUGAAAUUUGUGGUACCUUUGAUUUUGCCUGUCUGGAAGGGCAAGAACUCACUCAAUGUACUAUUGAACAAGAAGGACAAGCGAUCUUUGUGUCAACGUAUUUUCGAUAUCAUACCCGAGUCUACUCCUGACCAUCUUGUACAACGAUCUACUGAACAUCAAGCACUUAAAGAUAAACAAGAUGCUGAAGCUGAAGUUGCUGCUAAUAAUAGUGAAGAAAGUCAAUAAGAAAGAAAAAAAAAAUUACUCUAUGUGUUUAAUGCUGUAAUUGCAGUUAUCUAAUUGUUAUAAUCAAAUCAACUGUAGAAAAAGAAUGCUUUAUAAUAAUCAUAAUAAAAAGAAGAAACACCUGUCCUUUUCUUUUUUUCAGAGAGAGA